CAGAUGAUCUGAACCUUAACUUUGUGGGUCCCCCAGUUUUAGUUCAUCAUCAAAAACUUACCAGACCAAUCUCACAGCAGAGAAUCGCGAAUCCAAGAGAUCCAGAUUUCCCAGACUAACCGAAACCUUGUAAUCUCUGUUAGUAAGUUCCUUUCUUCGUCCAGAGACUUCGAACCGAAGUUACAUUCAAAGGAAAGGCCUCUCAAAAAUGCCAUUGAAGGGAAUGUUAGAGGUGGAACCACCGAGCCCGUUAAGAUAUAUCAUCGGAGCAGCAAUCAUGAUGAUCGGAGUGGUACUGCCCGUCGGAUACAUGAUGUUCCGUAACAAACGCGUCCCUUCCUCUUCCUCUUACUCCAAACAGACGUAGGAACAAAGUUUUGAUAUAGAGAUUUUGGUGGAAGAUAGAGAUUUUUUUUUUAUGCGAAAUUGAUGGGGUUACAUUUUAAAGAAGGCCUUGAAUGACCUGCAGAUACAACAAUGUAAAUGAAUUGUAAAACCCUCAGUUCUGUUCUAUGUUUGUUGUCUUGUUUGGAUAUUAAUUCAAGUUUAUAAAAGAUUACAUGUGUUGUUUUUCUCAAUUUUUGAGUUUUUAUUAGGUUGGUAAUUAGCAUCAUAAUGUAUCAAUUCUAUGAUACUGGUUGUUUUGAAGCUAAUUUGAGUUUAUGAAAACCUGUUCUUUACUUCUUUCAUGUGUCUUUGAUUAGGUAUAAAUAGUCAAUUUAACAUCUAUCAUGUAGCAGCCCUUCUUUUCCAGAACAUCUUUCAUUUUUUCUCCUUGUAGUUUCCCUCUUUCAUAUGGUGUAUGAUGAAAAUGGGAGCAUAUCAUCUAUAAUUACUGCACAACAAUUAUCCAAUCACAAUUUAGAAUUGUAUAGGUUCUAGUAUGGAGCUCACAUUUAUAAGUGAUGAAUUCAUACAUAAUUCUUUGUUGUGAUUGGACAAUUGUAAGAUUGUAGUUAAAAAAUAGUAAGUGAAAUGCUCCUGAUGA